AACACUUUCGGAACUCGAAUUUGUAGAAGUUUGAAAAUUAAAUUUGUAUGUCUGUUGUUUAAAUGUCACUGUCAAAAAUCUAAUUGGAACGUCAAAGUCGGGAAGUUUUUAUCAAUAUUUCCUGUCCGCAAAGGGUUUUUCGAUUUUUCAUUGUACAUUUUUCUGACGUAAACUAAUUUGGAACGGAAAAAAAGUAUUCAAACGAAAAUAUAUUCGAAAUUCGCUUGCACUGCAAAAUAAUUUGCAAAGAUGAGUCGAAUUAUUUUAUUCAUUGCUUAUGUUGUCGCAAUCAAUUUGCUUUUAUCGUGUUCGCGUUUAGUUCAAACUUUGGAGCUAUGUGGAUUUACUAAAAAAUGGGCUUAUGAUUCUGUACGCGAGAAAAUCAUGGAAGCAGAACGUCUAUCUGCUACUGGUGGUAAUUUGUGGCUGUCACCGAAAGAAGAGAAGGCCAAUUCUAUUUUAAUGAACGCCAAACGUCAAGAGAUAGCAGAAGGUCUUAAAAAACCUGACAUGUAUCCACCGGGGAUGCAUUUCUUUCAUGCGAAACCGUUAAUACGUCAAAGUGAGGUGUUUCGGAUUAUUCAAAAAAUGCCAAAAGGUGCCUUUCUUCAUGGACACAAUAAGGGAAUUGUGUCAUCUAAAUGGGUCAUCAAGAAUCUAACAUCACAAUAUAAUGUCUACACGUGUCGAGAUGAAAGAGGCGUGAUGUUGUUUACAUUUCGCAAUACGAGUCGAUGUUCGAGUGAAUUGAAAAACGUGUGUGUUGAACGAUUGAAUACCGACGAUCGACGUCAAUAUGAUCGACAGCUAGAGAAACACGUUAAUAUGUACACCAUGCAUCCAGAGUCACUUAUCACAGAGAAUCAGAAAAUCUGGAGACGUUUCGAGGAUGUUUUUGAUUCGAUCGAUAACUUUUAUAGGUAUUUGCCAGUGUUUCGAGCCUACCAUCGACGUAUGAUGGAAGAAUUAUAUGAGGAUAAUAUAAUUUAUGCAGAAAUUCGGGCUUCACUGUCUGAGCUUUAUGGUGACAAAAAUAAAACAUAUGAUGCCCUGGAAGUUGCAGAUGAAUUAGAAAAAGUCGUUAACGAAUACAAAGAUUCGAAUCCUGAUUUUGUUGGCAUGAAAGUUAUUUAUGCGAAAAAGAAUAAAGGGACGGUUGAUGAUAUGACUGAGAGGAUUGUUCGAUUUAAAGAGUUACACUCAGCUAAACCGAAUUUUAUAAUUGGAUUUGAUUUGGUCGGCCAAGAAGAUUUAGGUGAUCCCUUGCACAAGUUUGUCACAGAAUUAUCUGAUAUACCAACUGGAGCUCAUUUCUUCUUUCAUGCUGGCGAAACAAAAUGGUAUGGCAAAACAGAUUGGAAUCUUAUGGAUGCUAUUCUUUUGAAUACUCGCCGUAUUGGACAUGGAUUUGCCUUAUCCAAACAUCCACAACUUUGGGAUACAGUGAAGAAUCGUGGUAUUGCAAUUGAAGUUAAUCCAAUUUCAAAUCAAGUUCUUGGUUUAGUUUGGGAUUUGAGAAAUCACCCAGCAUCAUUUUUUAUUGCUGAAGAUAUACCCAUAAUUAUAUCAGCCGAUGAUCCAGGGAUAUGGAAUGCCAAAGGUUUAAGCUAUGAUUUUUAUUAUGCUUUCAUGAGCUUUGCUCCGGUUGAUGCAGAUUUGAGAAUUUUGAAACAAUUUGCCUUAAAUUCAAUUAAAUAUUCAGUGUUAAAUGGAGAUGAACGUCGAAAGAUCAAUAAAGUUUUCAGAAGGAAAUGGGAUGAAUUUAUCGACGAUGUUACAAAUUUGAGAUUUUAGAGAUAUUUUUUCAAGGAACUUAUGUAUUUUCGUACUUAUAUGCAUGUUAUUCAAUAAAUAUUUAUUCUAAA